AAGUAGCAUCUUCUGGUAUCAGUUGCCAGCCCGAAUUUGUACCAUUUGCCCACACUCGACAUUGUCCCAGCACCAUCCCCUGCUACACAUCACAAUGCCGCAGACAACGCAAAUCCCCUCAUCCACGCCUUACGCCUGGCCGCACGACUCCACGCUCUCCCCCACAACAACAGCGCUCUUGAUAAUCGACAUGCAACACGACUUCCUCUCCUCCUCAGGCUAUCUCGCAACCCUCUCCCCCUCUACAGGAAACCGAUUCACACCCCUGAUUCCCACUAUCUCGCACCUUCUGACCGCCUUCCGCCGCGCCUCCUUCCCGGUGAUCCACACGCGCGAGGGCCACGAGGCGUCUCUUGCGACUGUGUCGUCUCGUGAGCUUCACCGCUCUAGGGUAUCAGGCGCACAGAUUGGUGCGCCGGGACCGUUGGGACGGUUCUUGAUCCGUGGGGAGAAGGGACACGAUAUCAUUCCCGAACUUGCGCCUUUGCGAGACGAGGUCGUUAUCGACAAGCCGGGACGAGGGGCGUUUGCAAAUACUGAGCUCGAAGCUGUGUUGAGGGCGAAGGGGGUAAGGAACCUUGUUGUCUGUGGAGUCACGGCGGAUGCAUGUGUGAGUACCACGGUGAGAGAGGCAAGCGAUCGAGGUUAUGAUGUGCUAGUCGUAGCAGAUGGUGUCGAGAGCAUCAACGACGAGUUGAAGAAGUGGAGUCUGGAAGCAUUCAAGGUGGAAGGAGGGCUGUUUGGGGUAACAGCUGAAAGUGAAGCUGUACUGGACGCAGUCGCAAGCUGGUAUCCUGGCAGAAGCGAUGGAAAAUAGAGCCAGGAUGAGACCGGUAACGCAUGAUUGCAUGCAAAGUGAGCCGUCAAGU